AUGACCGACGUUCUUGGUGUUCUUGUUAUCGCCCGCAACGGUGACCGCACGGAGUACUACCAAGACCCCAAGACCUAUGAGGGCUCCUACACCGAAAGCACUGCCCUCGGUGCUGCCGAGUCCCACCAGCUUGGCGCCUUCCUUCGCUCGGUCUACAUGACCUCGUCUUCUCCUUCAUACAUCGCGGACAUGAAGACCGACCUCGUGGACACCCAUGAGGUCCACGUCCAUGCCAAGGCCGGCGGUGAGGGUACCGUCAUCUUUGACUCUGCUAUCGCCCUCCUCCAGGGUCUUUUCCCUCCCAACCCUGCCAACAAGAUCGUCCUUGCAAAUGAGACCACCGUCGUUGCUCCUCUUGGCGGGUACCAGUACGUUCCCAUCGAGACCGUUGAGCCCGGUAACGACAGGUCCCUUGAGCCUUGGACUGACUGUCCGGCUUUCGAGCAGCACAUCUCCAGCGUCUACUCGUCCUCUGAGUUCAAGGAGACCGCAAAGGCCGCUGGUCCUUUCUUCGGUGCUGUCAGGGACUACGUUUUCGGCCGACCUACUACUCUCGAGAAUGCGAUCUGGGACUAUGUCUCGACUGAGCUCUCCCACAACAAGACCUACGCUCACCGCCUUCCCCCCACCUUGGUUGAGCAAGCUCGUGGUUUCGCCAACUACCACGAAAACGCCGUCUUCUCGGACAAGGAUGUCGGUGGCAUUGGUAACCUGGCUGGCCGCACGAUUCUCCACACGAUCUUGAGCUCCCUCCAACGAAUUGCGUUCAACGGUGACCCUCUGGCGUUCCUCCUCGUCGAGACCUCGUACCAGCCUUUUAUCUCCCUGUUCCACAUGCUCGAGAUGACCAAGGAGAACCCCGAGCUUGCCGGUAUCCCCGACUACGCUUCUGCUCUUGCCUUCGAGCUCCGUCGCGGACCUGCCCCUGAAGACCGUGACUUCAUCAGGAUCAAGUUCAAGAACGGCACCAAUGGCGAUUUCGAGACCCAUCACGCUUUCGGCCACAAGUCUGACAUUGCUGCAACUGAAUUCAUCUACAGGAUCGAGAACUAUGCCAUUUCCAGCCAGAAGCAAUGGGCCGCUGCUUGCAGCUCAGGUCUUGAGGAUGACUGGCUCCACAUUGGCUCCCAGAACGCGAUCUCCAGCACCGUCUUUUCUAUCCUGGCUGCUGUCUUCCUCCUUGGCAUGUUCAUCCUCUCCAAGUUCGUCAAGAGCGCCCGUGCCAAGGUCCAGAAAAGCCGCCUCCGCCUUGCUGACGAUGAGGUGAGUCAGUCGCACCUACCUCAGAGCCAGUACCCCAAUUAUGGAACCCUUUCCAACGUCGGUCCUGGUAUCGUGCCUUUCUGAAUCGUGCUAACAAAUUGUCAUUUCCUCUUUCUUCAGAACAUCAUUGCUCAACCCGCUCCCAUGAGUGAGAAGCAGCGCCUUCCCUUGUAAGCGCUGGUCUAGUAGCAGUCGGAGAGGUUGAACAAUAUCUUCACUACUGAAUCUACGCAUCAGUUUCUUCUUUUGUUGGCAAUUUGGCUCGUAUCGCAUUGCUUCACGGAUUCUUAUCACAUUUCUUUCUUGUUUGCAUUAUGACUGCUAUGUAGUUUAUUGUGUAAGACAGGCCCUGGCCCUGUUCCUGUUCGAAUACGUUUUCUCGAUUUGUGCGAUCUUCUUUUAUGUCUGAGAGCAAAGCUUAGGGCAAGCCAAAGGUACAUUGGAUCUGUGUAUCACAGGCAAUUCUGCAACAUAAAACACUGUUCUCACCGGUCCAGGCAUCACCGGC